AUGCGAAAAAAGGGGAAGAAGACCAUGGCUUCUGCUGCUGCUGCUGCUCCAGUAGAAGACAGCGCGGAGGCUCCUGCUGCAGCGGUGUCGACGCCGCGAACGAUGGAGCGUGCAUCAGUCCUGCAGCGCGCGGCAGAGCAAGAGGGGAAGCGGGCUAGUGUUACGGCGGCGCUGCCCAGCGGAGUAGACACCGACGGACAGUAUGUAGAGAAAGACGGCACUCAGGAGAAAAACAACAACAAUGAUGGCGCUGGAGUUGCGCGGCAAGCCGCGCGAAAGAAACGUGGGACACGUGUCGAACGCAGAGUCGACGUGGACGCUGGUGGCGGCACCCGCAGCGACGCUGUGAAUGUGCGCCGCUUCAAAAGAGCACUUGUGCUGUGA